CCGGUUUAGUCUGUUUGUUCUCUUCGGCAUGGCAAGAGGGGGCUGUUUUUAUGAAUGCCGACCUUCGCCACAAUAUGAUGUCAAUGGGUAUAGCCUCAGCGAAGCAUUCAUGCAUAAAAAGCAACCUCUGAAAGGUCAGUUGCUCUUCAUGAAGAUGGGAUCACUUCUCAAAGUUCCACUUAUUCUCUCGUCUGCUAUCACGCAGCAAAUAUCGCUCACGCCCCCAAACGUCCCCUCGAGUAAAGAGAUUAUUCACCAAACAUUCAAUGAGUGGGUUCUCACUUGGAUUAUGAAAUACGGGUUUCCGGUUCUGAAGGCAAGUGUUUUAAUUGCUUGUCCACGAUCAUAUUUACAGAGCGAUGCGCCAGACAAUUUAUUGGGCUGUUUCUCUUGCAGAAAUCGUUACCAUUGCCUCUCACACAACGGAUUCUCUGUCUGUUAUACAGACCAUCACACAGUACGCGGCCGGUCACAGGAUUCGUGAUACGCCCAUUACUUCUCCUUUCAUUUUGGGCACCGCGCUUGCCGUCACAGGAGGUCUCGUCCGCUGGUGGUGUUUUCGCACCCUUGGACGUUUUUUCACCUUCCAACUCAGUGUCCGCAAAGGGCAUCAUAUUGUCACAACUGGACCAUACGCUAUCAUACGUCACCCGUCAUACACAGCAGGUAUUAUACAGAUCAUUGGCAUGGUAAUACUGCACGGAUCGCCCACCUCAUGGCUUAGACAAUCCGGAAUUUUAGAUAUUCCCGGACUCAAAUUGGUUGUAGUGGCAUGGCUGGCGCAGAUGUCAGUUGCUAUGAUAAACGUCAUGUGCAGGACCAGCCAAGAGGAUGAAGCACUGAAAUUGGCUUUCGGAGACGAGUGGGAGAGGUGGGCGAAGGUAGUUAGGUACCGACUGGUACCUGGCGUCUACUGAACCCAUAGCACUUGACACAUUGGUGUUUUGCGAUGGGGAUAACUAUUCGCCGUUCAAUCUUAGAUCUAGACGAUAUGCUCAUACGAGAUCGUCGCCACCUUUCCUCCCCCAAACAGGAGAUUCAUUUCAAGUUCAUUUCAUUCUACGACAGUGCUCGGUUUCUUCUUUGGUUCCCGGUGACACCGGUAGCUAGACUGUAGAGAGACGUGCAAUAGAUUUUGUAUUACUAGCUUGGUCUUUUUUUGACUUCGACUUUAUAUUUAAUCCUGUCUAUAUAUUGUCAUUCUACUAGGUUAAUCUGAUAUUUGUUGAUAAUACAUACUGGUGCGUAUUUUGACUUUCUUUCUUAGUCUUUCCCCUACUGUCAUGUGAGAAAUUUAGCAUCAACCACGU